GUCUUCCACCGAGCCAAGUGUACAUGCUUCGCGUAUGGUCAGACAGGAAGCGGGAAGACCUUCACCAUGAUGGGGCCUCCCAAGCGCUUGGUGGAGAGCCUGUCGCCAGAAGAGCGAACUCCUGGCAUCUUCCUGCUUGCAGCACAGGACAUCUUCAGAUCUGUUGCAAGCAAGGACUACUCGCACCUCGGGGUCUUCAUUGCCUUCUACGAGAUCUACUGCGGCAAGCUAUUCGAUCUCCUCAACAACAGGCAGAUCUUGCACGCCCGCGAGAAUGCCAAAGGCAACGUUGUCAUUGCUGGGCUGCAGGAGCAUCCCGUUGGGAAUGUCCAGGAUCUCAUGGAGGUAAUCGAGUUUGGGCUGAACAGCCGGACCACGGGAGUCACUGGCGCCAACGUGGACUCGUCUCGAUCCCACGCAAUCCUCCAGAUAAGCUUGAAGGCUCUAGACUCGAAGGAGGAGCAUGGCAAGAUCUCCUUCAUAGACUUGGCCGGCAGCGAGAGAGGUGCAGACACCCUGGACACGGACCGCCAGACACGUAUGGACGGCGCGGAGAUCAACAAGUCCUUGUUGGCGCUGAAGGAGUGCAUUCGAGCCUUAGAUCAGCAGCUGGACCACACACCCUUCCGUGGUUCCAAGCUGACGCAGGUGCUAAAAGACUCCUUCGUCGGUGCCAACUGUCGCACCGUGAUGAUUGCCAAUGUCUCUCCUUGCAGUGGUGCAGUGGAGCACUCCUUGAAUACGCUCAGGUAUGCCUACCGAGUGAAGGAGCUUCGAAGCGCGCCCGCGCCAUCCAAGGUGGUGACACAAAUGCCAGGUCCCUCUGCCGAGGCCACGCAACAACUCUGUGCCAUGCAGGGCGAUCUGACAGUGGAUCGAUCGAGUGACAGCAGUGGCUGCGAGGAAAUCCAGCCGCCACAACCUGCAUAUCGACGUAACUUCAGCAACGAUCCCCAGGCUUCGCCCGCGAGCCAGGGCAGCGGGUCCAGUUGGAAUGGCACACAACGGCUGGCGACGUCGGCACAGGUAGCCAGCGCCGUGGCUGCGGCCAAUGCAGCCGCAGCAGCAGUUCUGCCAUUGCAGCAGCACAUGCAGCAGAAAGAACUUCAACAGCAGCCACCCCCAGCACAACAUGCAACACCGCCACCAAAUCCAAGCCCUCCAGCGCCGCCCACGUCUCACUCACAACAGCAGAAUUCCAAUCACCAACAGCCAUUUCAGUCCACGCCACAGCCUAUGCCGGCACAACUGGUGCAGCCAGCUCAAGCAGCGCAGCCAGUCUUGCAACAAGCUGUCGUUCAAGACCCUGCUGCAGUGGGCAUUCCUGACUGCUCCCAAGCGGCCUUGGAUGAGUUAGCCCGGCAGCACGACAGGCUCAUUGGCACCAUCUUAGCAGAAGAGGAGGAGCUGAUCACGGCCCAUCGUGGGCACAUUGACAUGAUGGUCGAGUUGAUCAAGGAAGAAAUGGUGCACCUGAACAACGUGGACCGCCCGGGCUCUGACGUGGACGCUUACGUAAAUGGUCUCGAUCGGAUACUCCGACUGAAGGCUGACUACAUUGGCGACAUCCGUUCUCGCGUAGACCUCUUCAAAGAGCACCUCGCGCAG